AUGAGACCCUUACCGCCGGGUCAAGAUGGAGUCGACUACUGUAAAAUCCGCAGAGACCGAAACCACCACCACCAUCAUCACCAUCAUCACCACAACAAUCACCACAGCGUUGGCGGCAGCAGCAGUGGCGGCACGCUGCGCCGGUCGUCGGCAUCGUUGCUGGAACCACCGUCUCCCGCCGAACGGUACCACGGCACCAUCGAGGGCCAUUACCGUUUGCAUGACUUGGCGCUCGACCGGUACGUCCCACCGCCGUCCCCCGAACGGUACUCAUCGGGCGCAUCGUCGACCGGCCGGUCGUAUCAACAACACCACUCCCAACAACAACACCAUCACCAGCAGCAGCCGCCGGACGAUCGGUACUCGUCAUCGUCGUCGUCAUCGUGUCAUGGCACCACCGCCGGAACAGGCAGUGGCAGUGGCGGCGGCGGCCGUAACCACUAUCUUCCGGUAUCGCAGAGCACGUCUGAAAGCUUCAUGUCACCGCCGUCACCGGUGGCCGAACGGUUCGACUAUGCCGCGCGUCACCACGAUAGUUAUGCCACCGCCGCCAAACGAAACGAAUCCGCUUAUUCCAGAUACCACAUACCGGCUGAGAGGUUUGUUCCGAUUGUUUCUCCUGACGAUGGUUACGACGGCCACUACGACCGGUGUGACGACGCUGCAUACAGCUCCCGGAAAGAGGCAGCCGCGUUGUACUCGAGGGCGUCGGCGAUCGUGGACGCGAUGCCUUCUUCGGCGGCCGCGCUUUCCAGAGCGUACGCGACAGCCACCCUGAGGCCAUCGAACCGCUGCUGUACUGGGCCGCUGUACAGUGGCGGUGGUGUGGGAAGCAGCAGCGGCGGCGGAUGUGGCUACCAGUACGGCACCGUCGGUCGGUCGCGGUCGCCCAGGGACCUAUCGCCUUCCGGACUGGUUAGGCAGCAAGCCACCCACUUGUCUUCCACAGGGUCGCCGCCAAAAGGUCCACCGAACAACAACAACGGUGGCAACAACAUCAACAACAACAACAGCGCUUGCCUGGUCCAGUAUGACGCGCACUCGGCCACGCUGCCCCGGUGUAGUAGCGCCAACGUGGUUUGUGCCGGACAAAACAAUUACGACGAACCGGCGGCCACCAGUUACGGUGGCUCUCACGCGGCCACGCGCCGCAUAUCGUCGUCGUGCAUCAGGGAAAGCUCGGCGCUGGCAUGCUGUUCGACGGCUGCUUAUACCGGCCACGCCACACUGUCCGGCGUCAAGAGCGCGGCGGCCGCGACGUCGACGACUGCGACGACGGCCACGUCCACCCCGUCGGCCGUCGCCGCAGCAGUAGCAGCAGCGGCGGCGGCGGCGGCGGCAACUUCCACACCAUCCACUACCACCCAAGCUUCCGGCAGCGGAAGUGGCGGUGGCAACAACAACAACAACAACGCACACUGUCCUCCGGCUCAACCAAACAACGCUUCUUGGUAA